AGCAGCGAGCGGCACAGCAGCAGCGGCGUGGGGAUUGCUGCAAAAGUCUUUUUGAGUGCUUGUUCUGCGUAUGGCAUCUUCUGGGAGUGCCGCAGACGUCGCAUUCUGAACCACGAGCUGCCAGAGCUGCGGCGUCAGUUCGAAACUCCGUAUGCGGAAAAACUAGCCACAGACAGAUAUGACUUAGUGGCGGCUCGCAGACUGCGCUGCACGGCUGCAGUCCGUCAUCGCAUACAAGAGACUCUUAACCGCGCUCUUCACAACAGCAGCAGCAGCAACAGCAGCAGCGACAGCAGCAACAACAGCAGCGAAGGAAGUGCCGCGGAUGCAGAAGCGAGAAGCGGCGAGAGCAGCCUGUGCUUCGCGUCUUCCCGCGUUUCCUCGCUGUAUUCUGCCGCAGUUAGCUGCAUGCGCAGGUGGGGCCUUGUUCGGGGUGUUGAAGAGACUGGCUAUGUGCUUCUCCUGUCUGUACGCCACGCUGCUGGCGAGGUGCUGCUGCAGCGAUUGAAGGAGCUUAGAGAGAGCAUCACUGGCUUACCGACUGAGCCGCUUAGAAAGCAGCAGGAUCAGCAGCAGCAGCUGCAAUUGCCUUCUCGCCGCUUCGAGGCCGUUCAGGAGCUAGAUCGCAUGUGCGAAUCGCUUGACGAGGCGCAGGCAGAAUACGCCAAGGCUAUCACGCAUCUCAGCUGCAAAGGCAGCAGCUGCUGCAAGCCUCGCAGCACAAGCUGCAGCAGAUACCUCUCGGCAGCGGAGUUUGCGGUGCAAGUGCUGCAGGCAGCGUCUCUGCUGCCAGCGCAGCCUCCCGCGUGGCAGUGGAUCGUGGAAGAUCUGCUGUCGCUUGAUUACUUGCUGCCGCAGCAGCAGCAACAGCUGGAGCAGCAACAGCUGGAGCAGCAACAGCAGCAGGAGAAGCCUCCGACACUUCAUCAGCAGCAGCUCGAUGCAGCAAGGGAAGCGCUGCUGUUAGCUCCGCGCAUGGGGCCUCUACUCUUCAUAAGGGAUGAAUUUACUGAAGGCGCUUCGGCAUUUAGAUGUGGCAUGAAGGAAUACACAGACACGCAAGAACGAGCCAAAAGACGUCAAUAA